AUGCCGCUAUUUGAGAAGAAAAGGUCGAUCAUGUUUCUGCCUCACGAAUUGAUCAUCGAAAUCUUACUGAGGUUGCCGGUAAAGUCUCUUUUACGCUUCAAAUGUGUUUGUAAUUUAUGGUCUUCUCUUAUCUCUCGUGAUUCCCACUUUGCAAAUUCACAUUUUCAACUUUCAGCCACAACAUCCAAUCCUAAGAUUCUAUUAAUAUCAACUUCAACUCAUGAAUUCCGAUCGAUAGAUUUAGAAACAUCGCUUAGCGAUGACAGUGCUUCUGUUUCAUUUAACCUUCCAGACUAUUUUACAGAUUUUAAAAUUAAAGGGUCAUGCAGAGGCUUCAUACUUUUCUGCGGCUCCUUUAACAUCUACGUAUGGAAUCCAUCCACUGGACUUCACAAACAAAUACCUUUUUCUCCUUUUGGUUCCGAUUUAGAUGAAGCUGAUUAUUUUUAUGGUUUUGGGUAUGACCAUUCAACCAAUGAUUACUUGGUUGUUUCAAUGUGUCAUCCGUUACAUUUGGAGUACUUCUCAUUGAAAUCUAAUACAUGGAAAGAAGUCGAGGCUCCUCACUUCUCCUAUGCCGAUAUGAAUAUCUACCGGAAUCAGCCCAAAGGCGGAUCUCUCUAUAACGGAGCUAUUCAUUGGUUGGCUUCUUGUUAUGAUUUACCAGCUGAAUUUAAUCAAGUAAUUGCUACCUUUAAUUUAAUGGAAAGGAAACUUUCAUAUAUACAUUUGCCACAAGAUUCUGACGGUAAUCGUUUGCAAUUAGGUGGUUUGUGGGUAUAUGGAGAAUUUCUCAGCAUAUAUACUAAGAAUUAUAGAAAUGAUACAGUUGAAAUAUGGGUGAUGAAAGAAUACAAUGUGGACUCCUCUUGGACUAGGAUUCUUGUUCUUCCUAUCGAUCUCAUAAUUUGCCCAAACUCUGUCUUUUUUCCAUUGUGCUGUACAAAGAGAGGUGAAAUCAUUGUGGUAGAUGAGGAUGAUGGAUUGGUGAAAUAUGAUAAAAGUGGAGAAUUUCUAGAUCUACGUUCUUAUCCUCAUUACGAUCUUAGAUGCAAAGUGACUAUAUAUAUGGGUUCUCUGCUUUCACUCCCUGGUGACGAUGACAACAAGCAAUAUUAA